AUGCUCAAUAUUUCUCGUGCUCGAUCACACCUUACUAUCCUAGGGAUCGGUGCAGCCAAGGCUGGCCAUACCAGAGGGUGUGCAACUCUCACUCUGCGCUCAUACCACUCGGAUCAAUCGCUCACGAUAAAGGCUCACAUCCUCAGUGGUUUAACUGCUCAAUUACCAUCUGACCAAGUCCAAAACACCGACUUGGCACAGUACUCGCAUCUCACGCUCGCAGAUCCAGAGUUUGGAACCCCAGGUCCAACGGAUGUCAUCCUUGGAGCUGAUUACUACGGCCAGGUCAUCACUGGCGAGAUCAUCAAGUGCAAAUCUCCUGGAUUACUCGCUCAAAACACCAUCUUUGGCUGGAUUAUCAUUGGUCCAGUCCAAGCUCGGCUCAACAAACCACUGAGAAUUCAUCAUGCUGUCUCCAAUCAUCAUGAUCAAGAUCUUCAAGACUUACUAACUCGAUUCUGGCUCCAAGAAGAGGUCAGUCCAACUCAACUACGCUCAUUAACUCCCGAAGAAGAGGCUUGUGAAGCUCACUUCCGGGACACUCACACUCGAGACAGUUCUGGCAGAUACAUCGUCAGACUGCCAUUGAUAUCAGACCCGCAGCAGCUGGGGAACUCAUACACAGCAGCUCGUCACUGCUUACAACACCUCAUGCGACGUCUUGAUCAUGAUGCUCGGCUCAAAACACUCUACAUGAAUUUCAUGGCAGAAUAUCUCGAACUCAAGCAUAUGGUGCCUGCGGCAUUAUCUACAUCAUCAAUUCAAUACUUCCUACCCCACCAUGGGGUACUGAAAGAAGACAACAACAACUUCAAGAUCCGUGUGGUCUUCAACGGCUCAAAACCAACCAGUUCAGGACUAUCACUCAACGACAUCAUGCAUACCGGGCCAAAAUUACUCGUUAACAUCUUCGACGUACUCAUCAGCUCGCGACAACACCGGUUCAUCUUUAUUACAGAUGUUACCAAAAUGUAUCGACAGAUUUUGGUUCACGAAAAGGACCAGGGUCUGCAACAAAUACUCUGGUUUGAUGAGGAAGGAAACAUCAUUCCUUUCAAACUCGCCACAGUCACUUAUGGGACGAAAUCAGCUCCAUUUCUUGCUGUUCGAGCCCUGCUCCAAUUAGUCGAAGAUGAAGGACAUCGAUUCCCACUCGCAAUCGAUCCACUCACAAAAGGACGGUAUGUCGACGAGAUUUCCGGAGGCGCAGAUGAUCUCGAGUCACUGCAAGCAGUUGCAGAUGAUAUCGAGGGUCUGUGCAAGGCGGGCGGAUUCCCACUCGCCAAAUGGGCAAGCAAUCAUCGCAAACUACUUCAGCUCAAUCGUGCGGAAGCGAUUACAAAAUACAAAAUAGAGGAUCCAGAAGUCAGCACCAAAAUUCUUGGGAUGUACUGGUCUUCAAACAAGGAUCAAUUCUCUUUCAAACACUCGCCACCAUGCUCAACUCAACCGUGCACAAAACGUGCAAUUCUAUCAGAGAUUGCUCAGAUCUUUGAUCCACUGGGAUUCCUAUCACCACUCAUAAUUCAAGCCAAAAUGUUCAUGCAGGAACUUUGGCUUGUCAAACUCGGCUGGGACACUCCAUUGUCUGCAGAAUUACGACAGAAAUGGACUUCAUUCAAAACUCAACUCGAUAUGAUUCAUAUCAUCAAGAUUCCCAGAUGGAUCCACUCGUCCACGAACUCGGCUCUAGAAAUCCAUGGAUUCUCCGAUGCCUCGCAAUUGGCGAUGGCUGCGGCAGUAUUUAUCAAGGUCCUACCGACAACUCGAACUCAGAGGGCAAAGGUUACGCUGCUUUGCUCUAAAACCAAGGUGGCACCGUUGAAACCCCUAACGAUUCCACGCUUGGAACUCACUGCGGCUCACAUGUUGGCAAAACUCGUCAAACACUGCCAGACUACACUCAACUACUCGCAUGUGCCAACAUAUCUUUGGACCGAUUCAUCAAUCACGCUCACGUGGAUACACUCGCACCCGUCUCGCUGGAAAGACUUUGUCAGGAAUAGGGUGUCAUUUAUUCAAGAACUAAUUCCAGAUGGCCACUGGAAGUUUGUCCCUGGCACUGACAAUCCAGCAGAUUGUGCAACUCGAGGCUUGACAACCAGUCAGCUUAAAACUCAUCAACUAUGGUGGUCUGGCCCAUCAUGGUUGCUCGAAGACUCGCCGUCCUGGCCAACCAGUCCUAUUCAUAAAGAUGCAGAUACUCGCCUGGAAGAACGUCCAGUCAAAUCACUCUAUGUUUCGGCUCAACCACUCAACUCGUCUUGGACGCUAAUGGAACGUCCAAUCCCACUAUUGCGUAUGCUCAGAGUUACAGCAAUUUGUGGGAGGGUACGCGAUAUAAUCAAACGCAUACCACACUCGACUCUCGCUCGUCCACUCACAUCAACUGAAAUCAACCUCGCACUCCAGUUCUGCAUCAAGGAAACUCAACGUAUUCAUUUCUACUCUGAACUCCAAUUACUCGAAAAACAGGCAUCAUGGCCAAAGGAUCACCCAUUUGCUCGGUUGGUGGCCUAUCAAGACACCGAUGGCAUCAUCCGAGUAGGGGGGAGAUUGGAAAAUGCUCCAAACUCAGAUCAACAGAAGCAUCCUGCAAUUCUACCUCGUGAUGCUGCUCUAACUCGACUCGUCAUCUCUGAUGCCCAUCAGCGUACCAUGCAUGGUGGUACUCAACUCACACUCGCUCAUACUCGACUCCGAUACUCGAUCAUUGGUGGACGUCAACCAGUUCACACAUACUCAAAUGUCUCGUCUGUGCUCGUCAUCGAGGUGUUCGGGCUCAGCAAUUAA